AUGUCCACGCUCAAAACUGCUUUUGAGAUGGCAAGCCACAGCUUCGACGACAUCGUCAAGACCCCAAAACCAGACUUGCUGAUAUAUGACUUAAACCAGCCAUGGGCAGCAGCCGUAGCUUCCUCUCACAAUAUCCCGGCUGUUCAUCAGUCCGGCAAAGAAUUCCCUUUCCCAGAAAUAUAUCUUCAUGAGCACGAAGGCAAUAAGCUCCGUGAAGCGCUACACUCUUCUGUAAAUGAUGUCAAAGAAGAGGAUCGUUUCCAUGAAGCUAUGGAACGAUCAUGUAAUAUUGUUCUGAUUAAAACUUUCAGAACAAUUGAGGACAAAUAUAUUAAUUAUCUGUCUGUUUUAGUUGAAAAGAAGAUAGUUCCUGUGGGUCCACUUGUUCAAGAUGCUGUCAAUGAUGAGCAUGAGGAGAUCAUAAAAUGGCUAGACAAAAAGGAUGAAGCUUCAGCCAUCUUUGUUUCCUUUGGCAGUGAAUAUUUUCUGUCUAAGGAAGAGAUCGAGGAGGUAGCUCACGGGCUAGAGCUUAGCAAGGUCAAUUUCAUAUGGGUGGUUAGGUUCCCUGUGGGGGAGAAAAUUAAGAUUGAAGAAGCAUUACCAGAAAGAUUUCUUGAGAGGGUUGGAGAAAGAGGAAGAAUUUUGGAGGGAUGGUCUCCACAGGCGAAAAUCCUGAGGCAUCCGAGCACUGGUGGCUUCCCAUUGAAUGCUAGAAUGGUGGAGGAGGUUGGUGUGGGUAUCGAGGUUGUGAGGGACAAAAAUGGAAGGCUUCACAGGGAAGAGAUUGCAAAAGUGAUAGGAAAGGUAGUAGUGGAGAAUGGUGGAGAGAUUGUGAGGAGGAAAGCAAGUGAACUACGUGAGAAAAUAAGAAUAAAAGGAGAGGAAGAGACAGUUGGGGUGGUGGAGGAGCUGGUACAACUUUGUAGAAAGGUUUAA